AUGGCUGAGGAUACCCCUGUCCAUGCGCCUGUCGAGGCUGGCGAAACCGCGCGCGCCGAGAAGCCCACCGAGAAGAAGUCGGAGACCGAGACUGUCGACGACAAGCCUGCCGAGAGCGCAGUUGCGACCGACAACAAGAAGGACACCGAAGCUGGGGCCAAUAAGCCUGCUACUACUGAUGAGCCUUCCGAGCCCAAGGCUGAUGGCGACGAUGCCGCCGCUGCUCCUGCUGAUGCUGCGGCCGCUGCGCCCGCCGAGGCCAACGGAACCCCUGCCUCCGCAAAGAAGUCCUCCAAGAACCGCCGCGCUUCCGGGGGUGCCAACCAGUCGAAGCUGAGCCGCAAGAAGUCUGUGACUCGCAUUACCCACCUGGAUGCUAAGCCUGGUCAAUACUACCUUGCGCGCCUUCGCAGCUAUGCGCCCUGGCCCUCCAUCAUCUGCGAUGAUGAGAUCCUUCCCGAGAGCCUGCUCGAGAACCGUCCUGUUACCGCCAUGCAGAAGGAUGGGUCUUACAAGGGCGAGUACGCCGACGGUGGCCGUCGCACCCAUGAGCGGACUUUCCCCGUGAUGUUCUUCGAGACCAAUGAAUUCGCUUGGGUCCCGAACACUGCACUUACUCCCCUCGAACCUGCCGAGUGCAAGGAAAUCUCCGAGAAGAACAAGACCAAGCAAUUGAUCAGCGCUUACAAGGUUGCCUCCGAAGGUCAUGACCUUGCGUACUUUAAGAAGCUGUUGAACGACCACCAGGCCGCCAUCGACCAAGAGGAGGCUGAAAUUGAGGCCGAGAAAGCUGAGAAGGCAGCUGCCAAGGCCGCAAAGGACUCCAAGAAGGGCAAGCGCAAGAGCAAGGGAGCCGAAACUGAUGUUGAAAUGGAGGACGCGGAUGACUCUAGGAAGUCCAAGGCGUCGAAGAAGCGCAAGAACACUGAGGCUGAUGCUGAGGCAGACAAGCCAGCCAAGACUCCCAAGACCAACACCAAGCUGAAGUUGACUACCCCCAAGGCCCCCGAGGAGAAGAAAACCCCUGCCAGCAAGACCAAGAAAGCCGCAACCAAGAAGGGCAAGGCCGCUUCCGCCCCCAGCGACGACGAGGAUGCCAGCGCCGGUGCUAAGGAAUCCCCCAAGCCCGUGGACCCCGAGGAAUUGAAGAAAAAGAAGGAGAAAGAAAUUCUUUUCCUUCGUCACAAGCUCCAGAAGGGCUUCAUCUCCCGCGACCAGCCCCCCAAGGAAGAUGAAAUGGCCAGCAUGGCCACCUACUUUGACAAGCUGGAGAAGCACGCUGAUCUGGAGGUCUCGAUCAUCCGUUCUACUAAGAUCAACAAGGUUCUGAAGAUGAUCGUCAAGCUCAACUCGAUUCCUCGCGACGAGGACUUUAGCUUCCGUCAUCGCGCCAUGAACAUUUUAUCCAGCUGGAAGAACAUCUUGGACGCAGACACUCCUGCUGGUGCGAUUGACAAGGACGACAAGCCCACUGCUAACGGCUCCAACAAGGAGGAUGAUGGAGCUGACACCCCCAAGCUGGAGACUGAGGAGGAGAAGGAGCCCGAGUCCAAGUCAGCCAAGGAUGACCUCGACUCCCCGAUGCCCGAUGCCGACGCAGAGAAGGCCCCUGAGCCCGAGAAGGAGCAGAACACCGAUGGUGACAAGCCUACGGAGACCACAGAGGAGAAGACGGAAGAGGAAUCUACCGAAAAACCCGAAGAGAAGACUGCCGAGACCGCCGCUUGA